AUUACAUAUUAACAGACGAGGAAUAUACUUAAGAAUUGCAUGCUUUGUAUCUUUUACUGCAUUUUGGAAAUUGGGUUUAUGUGUAAGCCAUCUCUAAUCUAAACUCAUUCAUUACCUACCACUGAUUCAAACCUCUACCCUUUUUUCUUUCUUAUCGCCUCCACCACAGAUAUUUUAGAUUUACACUCACAUUUUCCAUACCCAGAAAGGAUUUCCACUUUUUCUCUGUAAAGUUUGCUUUUUUAAGAACUGGGUUUUUUGGGUUCUUCUUAGUUUUUGGAUUCUCUUUAGUCAAAGAUCUGGACUUUUUUGGUGAUGAAAGGAUUUAUGAGAUCUGGGAUUUGUGGUUUCUUGUGCUUUUGAAUCUGGGUCAGUUUAGGCAUAAGAGAUUCUAAGAAAUGGGUGGUGAUCUAGAAGCUGAAUUGUCAAAGAAAACUCCAAUUUUUGGUAUUAAGGUUUGGGAAAUUAUUGGAAUUGGAGUUGGAUUGUCUAUUAUUGUAAUUCUAUCUGUGCUUUCAUAUUGCCUCACUUCAAGGAAGAAGUCUAGAAAAAGUAGGGAUGAGGUUCCUGUUAGUCAAAUACCUGUUGUGUCAAAGGAAAUCAAGGAAGUGAGGGUUGAGCAAGUAUCAUCAAAUGGAUUCCUUCCUCGCGACGGAAUACUUCUUACAAUUCAUGAUAAAUCGAGCGACAAAGAAUCAGACAAAGUUAUGGUUCAUUUAGGUGUAGGGAAGAAGAUGAAGCAUGAGGAUAGUGGAAGUCAUUCUGAUUCAUUUCAUCAUUUGGACCGGUCACAAUCGGGGGAUGAAGGUAGCUCUGGUUCAGUUAAACUGUACAGGCCCUCCUCCUCUUCAUACCCUUUAACAGCUCCUUCACCAUUGUGUGGCCUUCCAGAAUUUUCUCAUUUAGGUUGGGGUCAUUGGUUUACAUUGAGGGAUCUUGAACUUGCUACAAAUCGUUUUUCGAAAGAAAAUAUCCUUGGUGAGGGUGGAUAUGGAAUUGUUUACAAGGGACAGUUAAUCAAUGGUUCUGCAGUGGCCGUUAAAAAGUUACUCAACAACAUUGGUCAAGCAGAAAAAGAAUUCAGAGUGGAAGUUGAAGCCAUCGGUCAUGUCCGGCAUAAAAAUUUGGUCCGUCUUUUGGGGUACUGCGUUGAGGGGACUGACAGGAUGUUAGUGUAUGAAUAUGUCAAUAAUGGAAACCUUGAGCAAUGGCUUCAUGGAGCUAUGCGGCAUCAUGGGUAUCUGACCUGGGAAGCACGAAUUAAGAUUCUCCUUGGCACGGCUAAGGCGCUUGCAUAUUUGCAUGAAGCGAUUGAGCCGAAGGUGGUUCACCGAGAUAUCAAGUCAAGCAAUAUAUUAAUUGAUGAUGAUUUCAAUGCCAAGGUUUCUGAUUUUGGCCUGGCCAAGUUACUAGGUCCUGGGAUGAGCUAUGUUACAACACGAGUUAUGGGAACCUUUGGAUAUGUGGCUCCUGAAUAUGCAAAUAGCGGUCUGCUAAAUGAAAAGAGUGAUGUUUAUAGCUUUGGUAUUGUGCUAUUGGAAGCAAUUACUGGAAGAGAUCCAGUAGACCAUGGCCGUCCGGCACAGGAAGUUAAUCUGGUCGAUUGGCUGAAGAUGAUGGUUGGAAGCAGGCGAUCAGAAGAAGUAGUGGACCCCAACAUUGAGGUGAAGCCAUCAACUAGAGCUUUAAAACGGACUCUCUUAACUGCUUUAAGGUGUGUGGAUCCAGAUUCAGAGAAAAGGCCCAAGAUGGGCCAAGUCGCUCGAAUGCUUGAGUCGGAGGAGUACCCUUUACCACGAGAGGACCGAAGGCUGCGAAGAAAUCGUGGGGGUAGCACAGAAAUUGAAUCCCAGAAGGAGAGUUCUGACACAGAUGGGAGUGAUAUCCAAGGUUCUCAAUCAGAAAGCCGAAGUUAAUAAGCCAAGAUAACCCAAAUGAGAUUCUUUUUAGGAUCAUUGGGAUGUAUAAAGGGGUAAUUUUUUAAAUUGAUUUUGAACUUGUUAGAUUCUUGGAUUGGCCUACCCAAGACAGGCAUGCGGAUGGAUUAUAAUUUUUUAGAGGGUCUCCUUUGUUUUGUUGUAGAAGGAUAGUUAUUGUUUGUGUAUGAAGGUGGGUGUUAUUUAUAAGAAACCAAAAUAUUGGGGUGUGUACAUAAUUAUGUUAGCUUUGUAUUGUUGGGGAUAAUAGUUCAUGAUUUUACCCUAUUGAGACUUUUCAUGCUCAGAUAAUUGUUUUUAACAUUUUUUUCUCUUCA